ACCCGCCUGAGCCAAUGCAAGCUGUGCAGCCACCGGCGCGCUCGCGAGGCCACCGGCGCCCAGAGCACCAGUCCGUUAUUGGGUGUAGAUGAUCUGCAAGCCGGGCUAGCUCUCUCGAGGUCCAGGCCAGCUCUUUCAAAUGCCAGAGGGGGCCCGCACGAGCCAGCCAAGGAAGCUGAGAGCCCAGGAGCCAAGCUUACUGCACUCACCAGCGCACGACUGGAUAAACGACAGCUUAGGGGUGCUGGAGAACCCAGAGAACCGAGUGUUCGUGGAAAGCAAGAUGUCACAGUAGAUUCUUGGCCCCCAGAGCUCACCAAGGUGAGAGGAAGAUCUCUGCUUGGUUCUCAGCUGACUGAAAAGCAGCCAUGGAGAUGGCAUCUGAGCAAGCCAAUGGGAGUCAACUAUGGAUACCCUCUCCCUUCGACAUCAAUGGCUCAUUGGGGCCAAGCAAUGGCUCCAACCAGACUGAGCCGUACUACGACAUGACAAGCAACGCAGUCCUCACGUUCAUCUACUUCGUGGUGUGCGUUAUCGGGCUGUGUGGCAACACGCUUGUCAUUUACGUCAUCCUCCGCUACGCCAAGAUGAAAACCAUCACCAAUAUUUACAUCCUCAACUUGGCCAUUGCGGAUGAACUCUUCAUGCUGGGGCUGCCCUUCUUGGCCAUGCAGGUGGCGCUGGUCCACUGGCCCUUUGGCAAGGCCAUCUGCCGGGUGGUCAUGACUGUAGAUGGCAUCAAUCAGUUCACCAGUAUCUUCUGCCUGACGGUCAUGAGUAUCGACCGUUACCUAGCUGUGGUCCACCCUAUCAAGUCAGCCAAGUGGAGGCGGCCCCGGACAGCCAAGAUGAUCAAUGUGGCUGUGUGGGGCCUCUCUCUGCUGGUCAUCUUGCCCAUCAUGAUAUAUGCUGGCCUCCGGAGCAACCAGUGGGGGAGGAGCAGCUGUACCAUCAACUGGCCAGGUGAAUCUGGGGCGUGGUACACAGGGUUCAUUAUCUAUGCCUUCAUCCUGGGGUUCCUGGUACCCCUCACCAUCAUCUGUCUUUGCUACCUGUUUAUCAUAAUCAAGGUGAAGUCCUCUGGAAUCCGAGUGGGAUCGUCCAAGAGGAAGAAGUCAGAGAAGAAGGUCACCCGCAUGGUGUCCAUUGUGGUGGCUGUCUUCAUCUUCUGCUGGCUCCCUUUUUACAUCUUCAAUGUCUCUUCCGUGUCCGUGGCCAUCAGCCCCACCCCUGCCUUGAAAGGCAUGUUUGACUUUGUAGUGAUCCUCACCUACGCCAACAGCUGUGCCAACCCCAUCCUAUACGCCUUCUUAUCUGACAACUUCAAGAAGAGCUUCCAGAAUGUUCUCUGCUUGGUCAAGGUGAGUGGUACCGAUGAUGGGGAACGGAGCGACAGUAAGCAGGACAAAUCCCGGCUGAAUGAGACCACAGAGACCCAGAGGACCCUCCUCAACGGAGACCUCCAAACCAGUAUCUGAGAUAGCCGGAAACCCACCACGCACACAUGCGCAUACACACAAGCCAAGCCUGCCUCCAGGCAGUGCGUGUCCCACUCACCUGCUUCCUUCCUCCCCACCCAUCCUAGCUGGCUUAUGAGCCCAGUUCAGAGGACAGGCUUGGAGU